CGGAGCUCACGUUUCAUAUCCUCGAGCUGGCGCGCAGGCCCCGCCCACCUGGCCAGCAGCUUUAAAAGGCGCUCAGGAUCUGCGCCGCUGACCACAGCAAAAGAGCGACCAGCGAGGUUCAGGCAUCUUGUUAUUCCACGGAUGGUCCACAGUUAGCGUUCUUCUAAAACCUCCCGCCACCUUUCAUCUGGUGCGACUUUCAUAAACCAACAGGUUUUCGUUUUUUAUCUUUGGACGGUUUUCCACGUGAAGUUGGAGAAAAUGGCAGCAAUUCCAUCAAGUGGCUCACUCGUUGCUACACAUGACUACUACAGAAGACGUCUUGGGUCCAACUCCAGCAGCAGCUCUUGUGGCAGUGCUGAGUACGCUGGGGAAGCCAUUCCACACCAUCCAGCACUUCCGAGGCAAGACUCUGGCCACUGGUGGACUUCAUUUUUCUUUGCGAAACAAAACCAGCCCAGCAUGCAAAAUGUGUCUGAAAACCAAAAGAACAGAACGUACACAGUGACCAACGGUCAGGUGACCUGCAUCGCCAAGGAAAUGGCUUUGAACAGAAAGCUCAGCGAGAGCAGUGAAAGUGGAAAAUUAGAGCCCGCGUCCCCUCCACCAACUUCCUCAUAGUCUCUCCCCCCCCCCCCCCCCCAUCAGCUUGCCAUCCACCCCAUAGUCCAGCCAUGGAGAUGGAGAUGAUGGUGGUUAUGAUGAUGGUGUCUUCCCACAUUGCUUGUAUAUAGAUUUUUAUUAUGACAAAGUAAAAAAAAAUACUCGUAUGUAAAAAGUUUUUUUCAUGUAUUUCUGUACAGACUUACUCUGACACUAAUAAUAAACCAUAAAAAGCUUUGA